AUUCACACGCACUUAUGGUAGAGCUUUCUACACAUCCAGAAAGUGCGCAUUGGUUUCUGCAUGAACGUUGGAUCUGCACUCAGGAUCCAAUGCGUGUGUGACAUCGCCCGCUUGCAAUUCUUUACUCCUCAAUUCCUUCAUUGCAGCGAUCUUAGGAAAUUUUAAAACUAUUGCUGCAAAUUCGUUUUGAUCUGCAGCUUUCGGGGUUGCUGAUGUCACAGAAAAUGUAACACCUCAGUUUCGCGCUCAUGAACUCCAAUACUCAAAUGUGUCAGGCCCACACAUCUCUCGCGGCCUUGCCGCAUAGAACAGCCCCAGUGGCUUCUUUGAACAAUUCUCGGCCGAUGUCAUGGAGGCAUCAGCAUAACAUGGGGAUUGGAACAGUGUGGAAACCUAGGACCUUGACGACGACCGCUGGCGCUCGGAGUGUUUCUACAAAUGCAGAGGUCAGGAGUUUGGAGCCCAUCACGCCCCCCUACAGUGAGCAGGAUGUAGACAGGGAGCUCUGGGAUCUCCUGGAUCUAGCCAACGACGAUGAGUUGGAGGCCGUCCACGAUAUACUCUUCAGUGCAAGUCCUCUUAGUCCUCUCAUCAAGUCCCUGGUGGCUGACAACGAGCCUGCGGCAAUUGCAGCAAGGGGCCGAGCCUCCAUCAUGCAUCGGAUUGAGUCCCGCUUCCGCUUCCUGGCGGCCAGCUCUGCGGCGGUGUUGCGAGGUUAUCGGCCAAGCUACAGGGAGACCUUGCAGUACAUUCGGGACCGGUUGGAUGUGCGCUGCCCCAGUGGCCUGGCUACAGCGGAUUUGGAGACUGAAAUAUUCCUGCACAUAUUGCACCAGCACAGUGGGGCCAUCACCGGCCUUGUGGAGGAGCAGGCAUCGAUGAGGGGCACCAUUGCAGAUGGUGAUGGCAUGGCAUUUGUCAGGAGGAGGACGUCGGCUGGUGCAGGACUGGUGAACAGGCUGAUUGCACCGCUGAAGCUGGGAGGGGCAGAGCUGCUGCCGACGCUGGUCAAGCUGGGCAGCGCCGUCAGCCUGUCAGGCAUGCGCAAGUCGGCGCUGCAGCAGCUGGGCAGGAAUCUGCUGGUGCAGAGCGCGCGCUACGAGGCCGCGCUGAGCGCGCUUUGCCAGAGUGGCGCGCGCGGCGUGACUGCCUCCUUCGAGCGCCGCCUGGCUGUGCAGGCGGCCUCAAAUGGUGUGACAAGGGCGGCUGCUCGCUAUGGGGCUGUGAAUGAUCUGGCACUGAAGGCCCUCGGCACUGACUACGGUCGCCUUGUGCGUGCAAUCUUUGCACUGUGCCAAAUAAGACUGCUACGUACUCAGGGAUUUGUCAACCCUUAA